CAAACAGGAAGCCGUCUCCAGAUAACGCUGGCAACUCUCCUGCCAGAUCUGUCCAAACUGUCAGAAAGGGAAAGGCAUCAGAGGUUCCCAGUGACAGACCUUCAGGUUUCUGCAAACGGCAGCCAUGAGGAUCUCAUCCGGCCAGGGUUCCCGCAAGCAGAGGAUGUGAAGACGACCUUCUUCUCUCAGAGAUCCCAAGGAGUCGGUGACCCGCAGGCCCUCAUUAUGAAGAGAGAUCUGGUUUUCUUAAUGACUCCAAUUAGCCUCGCCUUCCUGUCUUUGCUAAGAUCUGGAUAUCCUCAACAUAUUGCGGAAGAGUCCUGUUCUGUCCAGAUUCUUGUUCCAGGCCUCAAAGGGGAGGUCGGAGACAAAGGAGAGAAAGGGGCUCCGGGACGGCCCGGGAGAGUCGGCCCGCCGGGAGACAAAGGAGAUAUGGGAGACCAAGGACAGAAGGGCACCGUGGGUCGCCAUGGAAAGAUCGGUCCCAUUGGGUCGAAAGGUGAGAAGGGAGAUCCGGGGGAUGUGGGGCCGACCGGGCCAAACGGAGAACCAGGCAUCCCCUGCGAGUGCAGUCAGCUACGGAAGGCCAUCGGGGAGAUGGACAACCAAGUGACCCAAUUAACCUCCGAGUUAAGAUUCCUCAAAAAUGCACUGCCCUCCCCCGCAGCUAUUGCUGGUGUGCGUGAGACAGAUAAUAAGAUUUACCUGCUGGUGAAGGAAGAGAAGAGGUUCGUCGACGCCCAGCUGUACUGCCAAGGGAGAGGCGGGAACCUCUGCAUGCCCAAGGACGAGGCCACCAACGGCCUCAUCGCCUCCUACGUCAACCAAGCCGGGCUCAGCAGAGUGUUCAUCGGCCUCAACGACCUGGAGAAGGAAGGGAGUUUCGUCUACUCGGACUGUUCCCCCAUGCAGACCUUCAACAAGUGGCGAAGCGGGGAGCCCAAUAACUCUCACGACGAGGAGGACUGUGUGGAAAUGGUCGCCUCGGGCGGUUGGAACGACGUGUCCUGUCACAUCACCAUGUAUUUCGUCUGCGAAUUCGACAAGGAGAACGUCUGAGCGACGCCGCGGCCUCCGCCGGGCCGGGC